AUGAAACGACAACUUCAUUCAUCAUCACCUCCUUCAUCCCCUUUAUCAAAUUCACAAAUCUCAGAUGAAUAUGAACCAGCACCCAAACGUCCUCGUAUCUUUAUUUCUUCGCCGACACCACCACCAGAUAAUGACAAUCAAAUAGUAAUAGAAGAUGAUGAUGAUGAUGAUGAUGACGACGAUGAAGAAAUAAUUAUUGAUGAACCUAUUGUUUCACCAGUGACUAUUGAUGAAAACAGCCAAAAUGAAUAUCAUAAUGGCGAUAAUGAUAAUGAUGGUGAUGAUGAUAUUAUUGAAAUUGAACAGCAAAAUAUUAAUAAUUUUAUUUCAGAAACUAAUAAUCCAAUAAUUGUUGUUUCGGAUUCAGAUUCCGAUGAUGAUCAGGGAAUUGAUGUAACUGAUGAUAUACCUCCAUCAGUAUCUUCUAUCAUUAAUACAUCCAUAUCUUCAUCUGAUAUUGAAGAUGUGGAAAUUGUUCAAGAACAAAAUGAUGAAGAACCUGCAAUAAUAGAUGAUGAAAUUGAACAACUACAAUUAUCUAAUGAUGAUGAUCAUGAAUCUCUUGAAAUUCUUACUAAUGAUGAUGAUAAUAACGAAAAUAAUAAUGAAUUAAUUGAUUUAACAGAAGAUGAACUUAUUUCAAUAUCUUGUUCACGUAAUUCAUUCGAACGUAAAUUAUCUAUUGAUGUACAACAAUGUCCAAUUUGUCUUGAAACACUUAGUCAUUUACAACGUACAGGUGUUUAUUUAAUAAUAACACAAUGUCGCCAUGUUAUGUGUACAUUAUGUACUGGUCAAUUAUUAGCUACAUCAUCUCGAUGUCCACUAUGUCGAGAGAAUAUGGCACUUGCAGCAAUUCAAGCAUUGUAUGAUGAUGAUGAUGAUAAUAAUAAGAAUGAUAAUGACAAUCAAAAAAGUGACGAAGAAAUAAAUGAUCGAAUGGCUGUUAUUAAUGAUCCAACAUUUUCUGUUAUGUCUAAAAUCAAACUUAAUUUAACACCAGCUAUUGCUAUUCAGCCUGAAGAUACAACUAGUUUUCUCGACAUUAGAACAAGAGAAGUACAAUACAAUCCUAAAUAUGAAGAUAUGUAUGCACCAGUGUUUGGUCCAACAAAUCCUAAUUUAACACAACAACAAAGUAGUUAUAAAAACUUACUUAAUGGUCAUGCUGAAUCAACAAAUUUAAGUGAUUUUCAAUUUGAAAAUCAACGUCGAACAUUUGAUAGUUUUGGUUAUGCAGCUGAUCCUAGUGUUGGAGAACAUGCUACACCACAAAUAGUUGGUGAUCAAGUUAGUGCUGAACAAAAUCAAGGCAAAACUAUUUUUGAAACAAGUCGAAAACAUUCAAAUGAAAAACGUAAAAAAGAAAAAAAUUAUGAUUCAAGUGAUGUUGAACAUUAUCAAGGUCCAUGGGCUCCAUAUGUCGAUGAAAUUACUGUAUCUCGUCCAACUGAAGAAGAACAAAAGGAUAUUGAUGAAUUUUUAGCUAAACGAAAGAAAAUUAAACGACGUAAUUUAGAAGAUCAACAUGCUCCAGUAUCAGCUCGUGAUCCUGAAUCAACAACAUUGAAUAAAGAACCUGAAGAUUCAUCAUCAACAACAUUACAUAUUAAAGAUCCAUAUGAUUAUCAAGGUCGAUCAUUUCUUCAUAUACCACAAGAUGUUGGUGUUAAUCUACGUUCUGAACAUGGACCACAACGAUGUUUUAUUCCAAAACAAUGUAUACAUACAUACAAAGGACAUACAAAAGCUGUACAAAAAAUUCAUUAUUUUCCUGUUUCUGCUCAUCUAUUUCUUACUUGUUCAAUGGAUUGCAAAGUCAAAUUAUGGGAAUUUUAUAAUGAACGUCGUUGUAUUCGAACUUAUUCUGGACAUAGUCAAGCUGUACGAGAUAUUAAUUUUAAUAAUGCUGGUACAGAAUUUUUGUCAGCAUCAUAUGAUAAAAGUGUUAAAUUAUGGGAUACAGAAACUGGUCAAGUAAAAAGUAAAUUUCCAAUGCGUAAAAUACCUUAUUGCAUAUCAUUUAAUCCGAGUGAACAUAAACAACAUUUAUUUAUAUGUGGUAUGUCGGAUAAGAAAAUUCUUUGUUUUGAUAUUCGAAGUGGCCAUGUUGUACAAGAAUAUGAUCGACAUUUGGGUGCUAUAAAUACAGUUACAUUUGUUGAUCGAAAUCGUCGCAUUGUUUCAACAUCAGAUGAUAAGAGUAUUCGCGUUUGGGAAUGGAAUAUUCCUGUUGAUUUUAAAUAUAUUGCUGAUCCAACAAUGCAUUCAAUGCCAGCCGUUGCUCAAUCACGGAAUGGUAAAUAUUUAGCAUUUCAAUCAAUGGAUAAUCAAAUUCGAAUCAUGGAACCAUUGGCUAAUUUUCGAUGGAAGAGCAAAAAAAUGUUCAAAGGUCAUAUGGUAUCUGGUUAUGCAUGUGGUUUGGAUUUUUCACCGGAUAUGUCUUAUUUGAUAAGUGGUGAUGCUGAUGGACGUUUAAUUAUUUGGGAUUGGAAAACAACACGUAUUUUCGAACGCAUUAAAGCUCACGAUGACGUAUGUAUUGAUGCUAAAUGGCAUUGGCAUGAAAAAUCAAGAGUUCUUACAGCUGGAUGGGAUAAUGUCGUCAAAUUAUGGGAUUAG